CAGCUGAGGCGCGAACGAGAAGAGAUGUUCAAAAGUCUUGUGUAAAGCUGAUCAUCGCGGAUAACAUAAACGGAACCGUCAUUAUGGCUAAGGUCGGCGCUCUAACAGCGUGAGGUGUCGCUGUCAUGACACAGUCAGUUGUUGUUCAAGUUGGACAGUGCGGCAACCAGGUUGGCUGCAGGUUUUGGGAUCUUGCUUUGAGAGAGCAUGCUCAUGUCAAUAAAAGGGGACUGUACGAUGAGGCCAUCAGUAGCUUUUUCCGGAAUGUGGAUUCCAGGAAAAGUGAUGGGGCUGCUUUUGGUGUCGGUGGGAGAAUCCAACACCUGAAGGCCAGGGCGGUCCUGGUGGACAUGGAGGAGGGUGUGGUCAAUGAGAUCCUGCAGGGCCCGUUAAGAGAAGUGUUCGACAGCACGCAACUACUUACAGAUGUGUCAGGUUCAGGCAACAACUGGGCAGUUGGACACAUGACAUACGGCUCAGCCUACAGGGAGCAGAUAGUGGAUAAGCUGAGGAAGGCAGCAGAGCAAUGUGACUGUCUACAGUGCUUCUUUCUCAUUCACUCUAUGGGAGGAGGUACGGGCUCUGGCCUGGGAACCAGAGUGCUCAGCUUGCUGGAGGAGGAGUUCCCUGCGGUGUGUCGCAUUGUCACCUCCAUCUAUCCGUCUGCGGAAGAUGAUGUAAUCACCUCUCCGUACAACAGUAUCCUCGCCAUGAACGAGCUGACGGAGCACGCUGAUUGUGUCCUGCCAGUAGAAAACCAGUCAUUGGUCGACAUUGUGAACAAGAUUAAAGUUAUGUCUCAUGGUGCGAAGCCCGGGUUGAUAAUCAAGAGAAAUAGCACGGUCACCUCUGGACAGGGAGGCCUCAGUGGGGCAGAAAAACCCUUUGAUGCUAUGAAUAACAUUGUGGCUAACCUGUUGCUCAAUAUUACCAGCUCAGCUCGUUUUGAGGGCUCCCUCAACAUGGAUCUGAAUGAGAUCGCUAUGAACCUGGUGCCCUUCCCCCGUUUACACUACCUGGUGCCCAGCCUCACUCCCCUCUACACACUGGCAGAUAUCAAUGUCCCCCCAAGGAGACUGGAUCAGAUGUUCAGUGACGCCUUCAGUAAAGAUCACCAGCUAAUCCAAGCCGACCCAAAGCACAGCCUGUACCUGGCCUGUGCCCUCAUGGUCAGGGGUAACGUGCAGGUUUCUGACGUCCGCAGGAACAUCGAGAGACUGAGGCCAUCACUGCCCUUUGUCUCGUGGAACCAGGAAGGCUGGAAGACAAGCCUGUGUUCAGUGCCUCCGGUGGGACACUCCCACUCCCUGUUAGCUCUGGCAAACAACACCUGUGUGAAGCCCACAUUCGUGGAGCUGAGGGAACGCUUUACCAAGCUCUACAGGAAGAAGGCUCACUUACAUCACUACCUGCAUGUAGAGGGAAUGGAGCAAAGCUUCUUCUCAGAGGCCGUUGCCUCCCUCAGCUCGCUGAUUGAAGAGUAUCAUCAUCUGGAUGCCACCAAGGCCAAACUCAUGCCUGAUGCACCCAGACUCUCCAUUCCCAGAUGAAGGUCUGCCAUGCUGCGAGUGUGGGUGUGCCCGUCUGUCUUUGUCAGGAACAAACUCACACAACUGAAGCUUUCAUAUAUCAAGAUUGUCUAAUUUAUGACCUGGUUAAAAUGUUCC